AGCAAGGCGAUUUCGAAUCGGCCUGGGUAGGUGUGGAUCCUUCCCCUUCUUUUUUUAUCCCCUUUCCGUCUCCAAUCUCCAAAACCCUAUUCGUGCUCACUUCCGACGCCUCUUCCUCUUCCUCUUCCUCUUCCUCUGCCAGCACUCUUCCUUUUCUUUUUUCUUUGCCUGCUUCAAGUGGGAUCGCCGGUCUCUUAUCUCUCGCGGAUCUGGUGUUUUUCUUCGCUGGUGUCAAAGUGAUUCGACAAGGAUCUAUAAGCUUUGGUGAUCUAUGGCUGGGAGCAUCUUAUCGAUGGUAAAUCCUCGAUCUGAAGAAGAAAUAGAGGCUUGAAGGAGGUCACUUGCAAUUCAUUUGGACUUGCGAAAAGGAAAUCCUUGGAUACGACAAAGUGAAGUCUCUAUUCAAUAAAUCUCUCUAGUUUGCCUGAGCUACUUUCUUUCUUACUAAUGGGGUCCUGAUCCGAAGCCUUUGUCAGUUAUGGCGGAUUUGGCUCAUCUGGAGAAGAUGAGCCGAGAGCUCAAAUGUCCUAUUUGCUGGAGUCUGUUGAAGUCUGCAGUAUCACUUGCAUGCAACCACAUCUUCUGCAACUUAUGCAUUAAGGAGUCAAUGAGAUCCAUGUCAAACUGCCCAGUCUGCAAGGUUCCAUUCCGCCGAAGAGAAAUUCGUGCUGCUCCUCACAUGGACAAUUUGGUAAGCAUUUACAAAAACAUGGAAGUUGCAUCCGGGAUCAACAUUUUAUCAACUCAAACAAGCCCUCUUAUUCAAGCUGAAGGCGAUCCAGAGAAAAACAAACUUGCAAGUGCAAUUGCGGUGAAAUCUCAAAUGAAAUCCAAGAGAAAGAGAUCGUCCAAAAUUAGAAAGGAUAUUUCCAAACAUUCUCCUCAGCGCAUGCCGAAGCAACCUUCUUUUCCUGCCAAUAAGAGGGUACAUGUGACUCCAUACCCUAUUUCGGAGACUCCACUGAGAUCUCCAAAAUUCUCCUUAUUAGAAGAUCCAGAAGUUCAGCUCACAGACGAUAAAGAAUUGGGUAGAAAUGAAAGAAUGGUUCCAGAUAGCGAGGAAGAUGGUUUACUUCAACCAUUUUUCUGGCUGAAGGACGAUGAUGGAGAUGAUGAAAGUCCCAAAAAAUUAAGUCAGCAACAAAUAAUGGAAACUCCUUCGCCAUACAGUGCUCCGCGUUUCAGUGACAUCAAAGAUUCUGAUGAUGAUAAGACUACAAACACAUCUACUAAUGAGUUGGGCUUCGCUUGUGACAGUGAAUUGUUUGACUGGACUCAAAGAGCUUGCUCUCCUGAGCUAUGCUUAACACCCCAAAGAACCCAGAUGCAUAAUCAGUCUAGCAAGAGGGUUUUGCAUAUGCCAGAAGAAAAAUGCCAGGACUCGUACUCUGUGGCUGCACCAUCUGAUACAGUCACAAAGGAAGAUGACAAAAUUGGAAGACAUGAUGCAAGAGAAAAAAAUCUUAAAAAGAAGAGAAAGCAAAAAGGUAAAAUAAAAUCAACAAAAGUAAAAUCACCACAGAGAUGCCAAUAUGAUAACAAUGGAGAAGGUGCUACUGAUUUUGAAGAAAUGUUCAAAACAGUGAGUCCUGGAGAACAAAGGAUAGGCAAGGUGCAUUGUGAAAGAUCUGUUAACUAUAAAAAAUCUUCUAGUCCUACAGAUUCAAAUAAUGAAAAAGAUAAUGCUGCACCUGUGACUCAUGAACAGUCUCUGCAUAUAUCUAGCAAGGCAAAAUACGAUGCCAUAAAAGACAAUAUGGCAUCUUAUAGGAAAGGCAAAAGAAUUAAGAUGACUUACCCUGAGCAGCCAAUGUCGAAAAAAUCAAAAGCUGAACAAGUCAAGUUACUAGGAGAUAUUGAGGAUUCUGCUAAUGGAGCAGAAAAACAAGAGCAAGUUUGCCAAGUAAAACUCCCAGAUUCAAUUGAGUCAAUUCAACAGCACAGUAAGCUGAGGAAAUGUUUUGGAAGUAUAUCAAAGAAAAGAGUUAAAAGGAGGCAGAAGCAAAAGUUAGAAGAGACGAUAGCUGAUAAGUUUGAGCGAAAUGAAGGUAGCUCUAUGGUGGAUGCAAUUGCAAUGGACAAUCCUGGAAGUGAAAAUAAUCAAAUUUCAUCCAAGACUUCCAUGGAUUCCCAAACAGAGUUUAUUGUUAAAAGUACACCCAGUGGCAAAGAAGCUUUUCAGGGCAACACUUUGAGAAGAUGCGAAAAGUUAAACUCUCCAGUUCAAUGUACUUUCUGCCAUUCCUCGAAUGACACUGAGGAUUCUGGAGAGAUGAUGCACUAUUUUAAUGGGAAUCCCGUAGCUCCAUAUUUCAAUGGACGCACUAACAUUAUACAUUCUCACAAGAAUUGCACCGAGUGGGCCCCUGAUGUCUACUUCAAAGAUGGAAUUGCCAUCAAUCUUACAGCUGAGGUAUCGAGAAGCAGAAGGAUAAAGUGCAGUUGUUGUGGCGUCAAAGGUGCAGCUCUUGGAUGUUAUGAGAAAAGUUGCCGAAAGAGUUUCCACUUCACUUGUGCUAAGCUAAUGGCAGAAUGCAAAUGGGACACUCAAAACUUUGUGAUGUUGUGCCCCCUCCAUGCAUCUAUCAAGUUACCUUAUGAAGUCUCAGAAUUUCAAAGGCAAAGAAGAAAGAGUUCCGCGUCAAAAAGUUCAUCUCAAGAAUUAUUAACAAGAAAUUCUUAUGACAAUCAGAACCAGUUGUGGACCUGGCCGUUAGGUUCUCCUUUCAAAUGGGUGCUUUGUUGUUCUGCACUCUCUGCCGCAGAGAAGGAAACGGUUGUUAAAUUUUCUAAGAUGAGCGGUGUUCCCGUAGUAGAUAAAUGGAAACCAGAAGUUACUCAUGUCAUUGCAUCAACUGACUACGGUGGUGCUUAUAAGAGAACCCUCAAGGUCUUGAAAGGAAUCAUAAAUGGAAAAUGGAUACUAAAAGUUGAUUGGGUCAGGGAUUGCAUAGAAUCAUUGAAGCCAAUUGCUGAGGAGAAAUAUGAAGCCACUAUCGAUGUGCAUGGUAUCAGCAAUAGCCCUCGAGUGGGAAGAUUGAGGGCUAUAAACAAGGAACCAAAGCUCUUCAGUGGAUUAACGUUUUAUUUGAGUGGGGAUUACUCAGCAUCAUACAAAGGCUACUUGCAAGACCUUGUGAUUGCAGCUGGAGGAGCUAUCUUGCAAAGGAGACCUAUAUCGAGGGAUAACGAAAGAUUGCUGGGCGUCUCUUCCGCUGACAAAAUACUGAUCGUGUAUAGUGUUGAACAUCCUCAGAAGUAUAAUCUCAACAGCAAUAGAGUCAUCGAUUGUAGGCGUUCUGAUGCUGAAGCCCUGGCUGACGCAUCAGGAUGUACUCUGGUUACCAGUGCUUGGAUUAUUGACUCAAUUGCUGCUUGCAAGUUACAGCCUUGAUGAAAGGUCUUUGAUUUCCAAAGAAGGCUUAUUAGGUUAACAACUUUGGAAUUCAAUCACUAGUCUAAGAAGUUAUAUAGCAAAUUGGUUUCUAAGUAAUUGUUCGUUUUUUUUGCCAUGGUUUAACAUGCCCACUUAGCACUAAAUAAGGUGUCUUAUGUUGGGCUUGAGCU